AUGGACGCUGUAAAUUAAGCUAUAGAGUUAAAAGCAAAAGAAUUCUUAAAGGAAAAAGGAUAUACUGUUUAAGUACUUCUUGGGAAGGGCUCUUUUGGUAGAGUAUAUAAAGCUCAUGACUUUUAAAAUAAUAGGAUUGUAGCUAUUAAAGCUUUGAUUCCAGAUUAUUAAAGAGAUGAAGGGGUUUUGCUUAAUUUAGUGAAAUCUUUUUAAGAGAUCUAAAAUGCCUCUUCGAUUAACUCUGAAUAUGUAGUAAAGAUUUAUGAAUCCUAUCUAGAUAAAGAUCUCUUUGUUAUCUUCAUUGUUUAAGAAUUCUGCUCGAGGGGUAAUCUAGACAAAUACAUGUAAGGAAUACCAAAUCUUACAUAAAACACUUUAAAAAAUAUCAUCAUUUAGAUAUUAAAAGGGAUAAUAGAUAUUCAUAAAAAGCAGAUUAUCCAUUCAGAUAUUAAACCUGAAAAUAUACUUGUAGAUGAAAGAGAAAUUAUAAAGAUAGGUGAUUUUGGAGAAGCAAAACAAUUAAAAAAAGAUAAAAACUAGACUUAAGCAACAGGAGCUUCUCCAAUAUUUGCUGCUCCAGAGGUAAAUGAUAAGAGUUUAAUUUCUUUCGAAUCUGACUACUACUCUGUAGGAGCGGUAAUAUGUAUUAUUUCUGGCCUGUAAUAUAAAGAUUUGUAAAUGAUACAAGUUGGAGUAUUACCAGAUGUUAGAAACUUAAAUAAUAAGAAUUUAUUACUUUUAGCUUUUAAUAUGAUGUCAAUAAGUCCUAAUAAGAGAGCUCCUUGUUCUUAAGUUUUAUAGAUACUUGAGUAGACAAGUAAUAUGAGCAGUUUUGAUGCUCAUAGUAGUAUACAGGAUUUAUCAACCCAAUAUAAUGAUAGUGUUUUAGUUUUUUUUAAGUAAAAUAACCAUGUAGUAUAAAUAUAAUAAAAUUAGAACCACUUAAUAGAAUUCCCUAGACCAUAACUUCAAAACAAAUGUUUAUCCUAUUUAUUCUGGACAAUAUGGAUAUUAUGCCCAUUAUUUUUAGCAGGUAAUUCUAUUUAUUUCAUGACAAAAUCAUGUUUUAUCUUCUAACAUUUAAUCUUUGUAAUAAUCUGCUUAUUGCUAUCCUACUUCUCUGGUACCUCAUUGUUAACAGCUGCCCUUGAAUUGCCUCCAAACAGACCAAACAAUAUUAUAGAAUUUGUUUUAAACCUCGCCUUUUUUGUGUGUGGAUGCCUAAUUUCCUAUUUAGUUCUUUUGCCAUUUCCUUGUAUUAAUUUGUAUGUAUGCACAUCAUUUAUUGAUGUACGAUUUAGUGAAAUAGUUUACAAUAGAUAUAAUACUACUGAUACUAGUGAAAACAUAACUAAUAAAUUCUACUCAAUUUGUAAAAGUGAAGAACCUGACAGAAGAUAUAGUCUAGAAAAGUAUUUCGAAUAAAAUUACAGCCCUGAAAUUCAAAUUCAAUAUUAUUCUGGAAUAUCAUGGCAAUAAUUUCCUUUUAUUAUAUCUACAGGUGUCAUGUUUUUAUGGAUUUUAUUACGUCUAAAAUGGUAUUUUUGCCCUUAAUGUAAGUUUUCAAGAAUCUUUAAAUGUUCAUGA